AAAUCCAUUUCAGCAUCUGGUAACACUCCCUGGAGCAAAAUGAAAAAUAUAAUAUUUAUUAUUAAAAUCGUAAAUAUUAGCAAAUGAACCACUUUGACGCCCCUCGAACGUGUUGAGUUGCGAGGCCUACAAGCACAGAAGCGCAUUUAAGCCCUGCCGGAUUGAGUUCGGUGACCAGGAGCUCCGAGGACAACUAAAAAUCAGUUCGAACUCCGGGAGAAGCGAUCGGUGCCAUGUCAGCUCCACUGGCCAGAAACUGGCCGUACAUCUGGCAACAAUUGAACGCCCUGCUGCACAACACCUCGCCGGUCAUCACGCUGAUCUGCGUGGUGACCACCUUCGGCUACCUGCUGUCUUUCUCAGAGACCGCUAUCCUGUUGCUCAGUGUCACGCCCGGAUACAUUUUGCCGAACGGCAAGUUCUGGAUAUGGACUGCCUUCACAUUCUGCUUCAUCGAGCUGCACUGGUGGGAGGUGGCCGUUGACGUGGUCACCGUGGGCCUCUGCGGCAAGAUGCUGGAGCCUCUCUGGGGCCAGCUGGAGAUGUUUAAGUUUUUCGCGCUGAGUAACUUCGGAGUGUCGCUGUUGACCACCGUCUACUACUUGUUCUACUAUAUGGUCACCAAGAACCCAACCAUCCUUUUCGACGUACACAUCCACGGCCUGGCCGGCUACGUGGCCGGAAUCUGUGUGGCCGUGCGCCAGAUAAUGCCUGAUCACCUGAUCUUUAAGACUCGAUACGGACGUCUCACCAAUAGGAACGUUCCACUCACCGUGCUGAUUAUGGCUAUUAUCUUAUGGGCCAUUGGCCUCCUGGAUGGCACUUACCCAGCCAUGUUUGCCUCCGGAUCGCUUGUUUCAUGGAUCUAUCUCCGCUUCUACCAACACCAUCCCAAUGGACGUGGCGACAGCUCGGAGAGUUUCACGUUCGUCAGCUUCUUCCCGAACGUAUCGCAGCCGUUUAUCAGCGUGUUGGUUAAUCCCAUUUACAACUGCUGUUUGCGGGCGGGCGUGGUCAAGACGCCCACGCCGCUGCGGACGAUAUCCACAGCCAGCCUGACUUCGAUAUCGGUGCAAAUGCCGGGCGUGGAUCCGCAUGAUAUUGAGAGAAGGAGGCAAAUUGCCUUGAAGGCGCUGAGCGAACGCUUGAAGGCGACGGACUCCACUCGUCACUCCCAGCUGCCCAAGUCGUUCCCACAGCAGCAACAGCUGCAACAUCAUCACCAACACGCGCCACAUCAGCAGCAAAAGCAUCACAGUCACGGAGGUGGGCACAGUCACAGCCAUGGAACGGGUCAUAGUCACAGCCACGGAGCGGGACAUAGUCAAGGUCAUGGUCAUAGCCACGGUCCGGGCCCAGCUCAGAUGCCACAGCCGGACUUCCUUAAGCCCACCAGCAGCUCCAGCAAGCUGCCCAUUACAACGUCGCGAGCAGAACCGCGAAUGAUCAGCACAAUGAGUCCAAUCGCAAUACCCAUGCCUGCGCCACCGCCCAAGGAGGGGAAUAUUCCGGUUGAAGGCACUGAGUCCUCAACCGGCGGCGAGGCUACACUUAUCAACCUGGACGACGUACCAUCCACGUCUUCGACGGCUUAGACAGUGGUUCUAUGCAAACAUAAAUGAAUUUUUGAUAUUUAAACGAAUGAUCUAAUGAUUUACGCCCAUGUUUUGUAUGAUUCUGCAUCAAGUACGUACCAGCCCCCGCCCCUAUCCGUGUUCCCCUUUUGUAAUUACUCUUCGUGUGUUUCGUAGUAUCCUGUAGAUUUACGCUUGCUUGCUGCGCACACCGCCGGCCGUGCUCCUAGGAACUGCGAAUAAGAGAGAAGCAAAAAACAAAUACCUUCCAGGCGAAAUGAGAAUAACUUGAGCCUUUAUAUAGAUGCAUACUUUCCUUUGUAGUCUUUACAUGUAAUUGAAAAUGAUGCUUUAUUUAGUUAAUAACUGUAAAUAUAUUUAAAACUCCGAUAA